GAUUCGUUCUUCAGGUGAAGCCAUGGCCAGUGCCUCAGACGUCCGUAGCAUACUUUCCCUCCCUGCUGUAUCCUCUCCAGCUGCUGGGCCAUCUCAGCCAAAAAAACAAGUCGCUGUUUCAAACAGAAAACCUGAAGGGAUAUCUCGAGAGCUCUAUUCGUUAAUCGGUCCUUCAGCGCCUACCCUUCUCGCUCAGCUUGCUCAACCUAGGCUCAAACAAAAGCCAAAUCUGGGAGGAGGAGGUAAAGUCAAAUGGGAGUGGCGAUUGUUCAAAAAUGGCGCGCGAUCGGACUCGUUGGAACUAGGUCAUUGGGUGAAGGCUACUGAUAACCCCGAUGCUGACUAUAAAUUUGCCAAAUAUAACGCUCAGCCAACGGUUUAUGAAUGGUCGCAGGACGAGUACUCGCGGCAUUUGGAAGACAGCGAAUGGACAAAAGAAGAAACAGAAUACCUCUUCAAACUUGCACAAGAAUAUGAUAUACGAUGGCAUAUCAUCAAUGAUCGUUAUGAAUAUCCGAGUGGCCCAAAGCGUGAAAUAGAGGACUUGAAAGACCGGUAUUACAGUGUUUGCCGAAAGCUAAUACGAAACAGAACUUGGGCAGGAGAUGAAUUUAGCAAAAGCCAACUGUUGCUCAGUUUUCAGUAUGACAAGGAGAGGGAAAUUCUCCGAAAAAAAUACGUCGCCAGUUUGGCAAAUCGCACACCAGAACAGAUCCAAGAGGAAGAGGCACUGUAUAUAGAGAUCAAGCGUUUGGACCAAAACGAACGACAAUUCAAGCGGGAUCGCGAGAACCUUUUGCGGACGAUCGCAGGUGUGGACUCUGGGCUGCCAGAUAUUAUUGAAGACGAUGCUUCACUCAUCAUUGCCGACCCAAAGAAGAAGAAGCUUAAAGGAAUAGACCUCGAUAUCCCACAAACCCCUGUACUUACUGCUCCUGUGAUGAGGCGACCCCCAGCCCUCAAUAAGAACGCUGUAUAUGAUACAACACACUGUAUCAUUAGAAAUGACCCACCUUCAACAACGCCUGCUACUAAAGUUGCACACACACCUGCGUACUUUCGGUCGGUUAGGAUACCCUAUCCUAAAGCAGGCAUCGCUGAUAAAGUCAACGCGCUGCUUGCUGAAGUCGGGGUUACGAAUUCACGACUGGUGAUGCCCACGCACGCCAAUUGCCAACGCCUGGAGUCUGUAACAGAUGCGGCGACGAACUUGAUAGAGUUGAAGAGGGUGUUAGAUAAAGUCAACUUAGACAUCGAGGUUCUCAAAAACCGGUUGCAAUUGAGAGAAGAUGGAGGGGACAGUGCUUCUGUUGCUGAUGCAAUGGAGAUGGAUGAUCGCGGUGAUACUGCAGAGCCUGAAGGCGAAAAUGGACGAUCUCAAAGCGUGCUGAGUGCUAGAAGUACUAGGAGUCGUAAACACACCCGUCGUUCAAUGUCCAUCUCUUCCGUGGAUACUACUGUAGCCACUUCAACUCGUCCUAGCACCAAGCGGCAGAAGCGCAUGUAAUUAUUAUUAGUUCCUGCUUAAAAUCUACCUUUUUUACGGUCCCUUAAGUAUCCAAGA